AUGAGCGGACAUCUGAGGCUCACGGGCCAUCGACGCUCUAGCUCGCCCAUAUCCGCGUACUCAGACAAUUUUGAGCUUAUGCAGCCGCGACCACCCUCGAUUGGCGCGAGAAUACGCAACGUUACACGUUAUGGCGGCGAUGGCGACGAAAUUAUUGCUCCUCCUCCUCCUUCGAAUGAAAUACUUCCCGGCCGACGCGACUUCAAGGACUACGAGGAAAGAAUGCGGAAUAUGCCUCAGCAUAAUCCCGAUUUGCCCCCGCCUGCUGGUCGAAAUGGCCGUUAUGUCCGCUUUCGAAAUCAGGUUUAUGGACUUGGCUGGAAUAAUAUUCUUCAGGAGAUCUUGCUUAAUACCCACGUAGCGCACAAAGCGGGGCGCGCUUAUGUCCAUAUACCCUUCCAUGCAGCAGCCCACCCAGCAAUGGGUCUUGGCUCAAAAGCACCCUGGAUACCUCUUAACGCAUUUAUGGAUGCACCCACUGCGGGUGGUGUCUGGCCAGGAGGAGACCCCACACCCCGCGCAGUGUCUGAGGAGUGGUAUGAUACGAUUUGUCCCAAGGGGGAUCGUGUUGUAUUGGAUACGGAAAAAGUGGCAGGGCACUUGAAGGAGUCGGACGCGCAAACUCUUAUCGAUUUUUGGGCCCAAAAGCUCAAGGAUAUGGACGAUAAAUGUGUUGAAAUAGAUGGACGAGAGCAGGUGUUCAAUUUCUACCUCACUGGUUCGACCCGCGUUUUGUCCGCUUUUGAUGAAUUCUCCAAAUCAGCAACCAUGCAAAUGCUCAAAUGGUCCGACCUCGUCGUCGGAGCUGUCAAACGAAACUUUGCACUGAUUAGUCCAGUGAAACAGCGCAAUUCUCGGCCGUUGAUUUUCUACCCUGAAGGAAAGAUCGAAGGUCUCCUCGCGAUGCAUGUCCGACGAGGCGAUUACUCCUACCACUGCACGCAUUUCGCGAAUUGGUCGUCUACAUACACGUCAUGGGCACUCUUGCCCCAACUGCCCGACGCCUUUAAAAUUCCUGAGGGGGCUGGAGGCGGACAAGCUACACCCGAAGCCGUGGCGGAAUAUCAUCGCGUAUGCUGGCCUACUAAUGCGCAGAUUGUCGAGCGUGCUCGGCUGAUGCGCAAGUUGCACCCCGGCCUGGAUAGAAUAUACAUCCUCACAAAUGGCAAACCGGAUUAUUUGGCGAAGCUCAAGGAGGAUUUGAGAGCUGAUGGGUGGAAAAAGUUGUCUACGAGCCAGGAUAUGACGUUGAAUUGGCAAGAGAUGUGGGUUUCGCAGAGCAUAGAUAUGUCUAUUGCUCAGAGGGCUGAGGUGUUUAUUGGGAAUGGGUUCUCGACAUUAUCAAGCAACGUCGCGAUGUUGAGGUUAUCAAGAGGUCUUCCUUUCAACUCGCUCCUGCACGAAGCGCUCGGGCACAUUAUCACCGUCGAGCUCAAAUCAGGCGCGUUGUAUCGCGGGAAACUGGCAGAUGCCGAAGACUCGCUCAAUAUCUCGUUAAAGGACAUCACUGUCACCGGAAGAGAUGGAAAGGUCUCUCAGUUGGACCAAGUGUACAUUCGGGGGAGUAUGGUGAGGUUCUUUAUUGUUCCGGAUAUGCUCCAGAACGCGCCAAUGUUCAAGCGAGUUGGCCCGAAUGCCAUGAAGGGAAGGGGUAUCGGAACAGCUCGUGGUCGUGCUACCAUCAUGCGCGGAUGUUACAAGAAACAUAAGAGUGAUUCGGAGGCAUGUGCUACUGCGUCGGCGGCAGUACAAGCAGUUCUCCAGCCCCCAGCUCAAGGUAUCGUGGAGGGUUCUGUUUAUUGCGGACAGUACUCUGAACCUGUGCGAACAAUAGUCUCGGAUACUAAACCAGACGAGCCCAAAACUGAACCCAAGGUCGAAGAAGAGCAGCUUCCGGACCCCAAACCGUUGCGCACUCUUGAUUCGCUGAAGUGGCCAUACGUGCCUGAACCGCCCUCGUACGUCGACCCGGUAACGAAGAACGAUCCUAAGCCAUUGACUCUACCACAAUACGAAGCCAUUGCAACUUCACUCGACGUCAGGAAGGUCUUAGCUGAUAAUCCAGAUAUGCAUGGGUUGCUCAGGUCUAUCGAUAAACUUUAUGGACCAUUGAGGCAGCAGGCUAUAGAAGAGGUAUUGGGUGUUGGGACAAGUAGCGAACAGCGACAUGGGACACGGGCUCCCACACAUGAUGCACUGGCACGACUAAGGCAAGAAGGGGAUGCAGAAGCCAAUGCGCGCGCUUUACGACAACUAUCCGAGGCUAUCGAAAAGGCUAUCGGGGUGGGAGAUGAACAGCGCGGGUUAGCCUGGGAAGAAGGCGAAUAG